CCCCGCCCUUCCCGAGCGGCUCUGUAAAGCGGGGCGAGUGGGCGGGAUUUGGGGGCCUCGUCCAUCCUGGGGCCCAGACGGAGGGAUGUUCCCUACUCAGGAAGAGGCCGACACGACGGUGUUUGUGGGGAAUUUAGAGGCCCGAGUGCGGGAAGAGAUUCUUUACGAGCUGUUCCUUCAGGCUGGACCACUAACCAAAGUGACUAUAUGCAAAGACAGAGAAGGAAAACCAAAGUCCUUUGGAUUUGUCUGCUUUAAGCACCCUGAAUCGGUGUCAUAUGCUAUAGCUUUGCUGAAUGGAAUUCGUUUAUAUGGAAGACCAAUUAAUGUGCAGUAUCGAUUUGGGAGUUCUCGCUCUUCUGAACCAGCUAACCAAAGUUUUGAGAGCUGUGUAAAGAUAAAUUCACAUAGCUACAGGAAUGAAGAAGUGGUGGGCAGAUCUUCUUUUCCCAUGCAUGUUUUUCCAAUUAAUAAUACUGAUUUACCUCAAGAAUAUUUUUUCUUUCAGAAGAUGUGGCACACACAUAAUCCAUUGCUGCAGCUUCCUUACUAUGAGAUGACAGCUCCACUUCCAAAUAACACAUCUGGAUCUUCUGCACUCAGUCACGUUCCAGAGCCAGAGGCUGGACCCAGCUCUUAUGAAUGGACCCCUCAACAACCAAGUGACUGUAACCAUUACCAGAUGAAUAAAAGAAAGAGACAAAAGCAAGCCAGUGAUAGUGACAGUAGCACAGAAAAUAAUAGAGGAAAUGAAUAUAACCAAAAAUUCCGAAAAUACAAGAAAAAGAAAAGAUAUUAAUACCAUCAAAUUUGUCUAUACUGGUCUUAGUUCUCUUUAAAAAAAAUCUGUAUUUUACCAAAUGAGCAAUUUCUUGGUUGUCUUCUUUGAAAAAUGUAACACUGAUUUAUCCAAUGUGCUAUUUAAUUUUAACUUUAAAUAACAUGGUUUUUAAAAAUAAUGGCCUACUUUUUGUACUUGUCGUGCAACUGUUGAUGAAUUGUUGAUGUAAAAUGCACUUUGUCAUUUUAUUUUAUGCUGCUGAUGAAAUUUUACUGUUAUUAAGUCUGAACACUUAUGGAUUAGGGGGCCAGGGAUUUAGCUCAGUGGUGCCACCGCCUGCCUAGCAAGUGGAAGGUCCUGAGUUUGAUCCCUGGUACCAAAAAUAAAACAAAGCUUAUGGCUUAGGCACCAUGCUCUCCCUAAAUUGUCACUGUAGCCUUCUACUAUAAAUAAGCUGGGAUUAGAAGUGGAGCAGUGGAUUUCCUGAAAAAACUAAUGCAAAUAUUUAAAAGUUGCGUGUUGUGCCUGAUGAAUAUGUAAUAAGCAAGCUUUAGUUCCUUUUGUUAAUAACAUUUUAUUUUUUAUGCCUAAUAUAUUAUUUCUGAGUCUUAUUCUCCUUUAGGUUUAUUUUAUAGCAUAAGGACAUAUGACAGUGACAGUGAUACCAAAGGAAAAAUAUUAUCAUGGGGCUAGAUUUUGAGUCAUUCCCUUUUUGUAUGAUUUAAAUAAGGAUACAUGCCUUUUUACUUCUCAUUUAUUAAGUGGUUAUCAUGAAAAUUAGCUACAUUAAUAUUUAUUAUCUACCACUUUUGCCAGGAUGGUUUGAGAGGAUAUAUUUAAUGUAUUUAAGUCUUGAUAAUGUUUGAGUAAAUAGAAUGACGUUUGAUUAAUAUACAAUACAUAUCAAGAUUCCCAUUUGAGUCUCAUUUAUUUUAAAAGGUAUACAGGUUACAUGUAAAAUAAAUGGUUUAUUUGGA